CGUUUCUUUGUCACACUUACCUGCCCGGCUUGUGAAAAUGCCGUCAAUUCUUCAGGUCUCGAAUAUCCUUCACUACAGCUGCUCUGCAGUAGCUGUAGUUUUCGUUUCCGUUGUUACUAUCCUCAACGCUGCUCGUACCACUGUGAAAACAACCCCCCGGAAUUAUGAUCGUGUUGCUAUUGGGAUUUUGAUCCUGGGGUAUUUGGCUGAAGGUAUAGCGACGUUUGUGCAGGAGAGUCAGCAGAGUAAAGAGCCUGAGACGAUACACCUUGUCGUGCUCCUAUCGGUAUGGGCGUUUCUCUGGAGUCAGCGAACUGCACAGCGGUUAUUGGUUCUCGGAACAUCGCUUAUUACCCUUGCAUUCGAGAUUCCGUUGCAAAUAUUCUCCGCUAUCAACGGCCAGAAUGAUAUCUAUCAUAUUGUGCAACUCGCCUCUCAAACAUUCAGACUCCUACCUCUUCUUUUCCUCAUGAUCUACCAUCUCUCAACCAGUGGCAGAUACUACACCCCCGAUUCAGAAGCAGAGGAAUCGCAGCCCUUCCUCCAAUCAAACGGCCAUGCAAACGGCAGAGCAUGCCCAAGCUACGGUACUGAGACAUCGUCAGACACAGAGGUCGAUGACGAUGAGUACAUCUCAGGCAGCGAAUCAGACGAAGAUGUAAUCGACAUCAAACGCCAACGCGCAAAGAAACUCAAGGAGAAGGGUGGCUGGCUGGGCUACCUCUCUGACUUUUCCAUCUUCCUCCCCUUCUUGAUCCCCAAGAAAGACCGCAAAGUCCAACUCUGCAUUUUAAUCUCCCUAUUCUGUAUCCUGGCUACUCGAGUCUUCAACAUCCUGGUUCCUCGUCAACUAGGCAUCGUGGCCGAUCAACUCCUCGCCAAGCAAAAUCCAUUCCACGCUCUUUUCAUCUGGCUUAUCAUGAGCCUUGCUUCUCACGACGUUGUCGUCGGACUUAUUGAGUCACUGGCCAAAAUCCCGAUUAAGCAGUUCUCAUACCGAUCUCUCACGAACGCAGCGUUUAACCACGUUCUAUCGCUGCCUAUGGAGUUUCAUUCUGAGCGUGACUCGGCGGAGGUUAUGAAGGCUAUUGAACAGGGUGAAGCAUUGACGAAUGUCCUUGACAUGCUUAUCAUCGAGAUUCUCCCCACUGUCGUUGAUUUGGCUAUCGCUUUUGUAUUUCUGUACUGGAAGUUCAAUAGCUACGUGGCUUUGGCAAUGGCCAUUGGCUCAGUCCUCUUCGUCACGUUUGAAGUCAAAGCCACAGGAUGGAACCUCGAUAACCGACGAGAAUCGACAAAGUCGAAGAGAGAAGAAGUUCGUGUGAUGCACCAAGCUGUUCAGGGCUGGCAGACCGUUACAUACUUCAAUAUGUUCAACUACGAGAAGUAUCGCUUCGGAUCUGCUGUCAAUAAGCAAUUAUCUGCUGGUCUGAACUACGAGAAGAGGGAUGCCUAUAUCCAGGGGCUACUUAACGCUCUUAUCCCAUGCACGUUCUUCACACUGGCGAGCCUUGUUAUUUACGAUGUCUGGCAGGGUGGAUCAUCGCCCGGUGAUUUUGUCUUCUUCAUUCAGUACUGGGAGUACUUGGUCUGGCCAUUGAAGUUCUUGUCUCAUAGUUACAGACAACUCAUGUCAGACUUAGUUGAUGCUGAGCGCCUGCUCUAUCUGCUGCAGACAAAGCCCACUAUCACUGACAAGGAGGGUGCUAGGGAUCUGGAGAAGGUCGAGGGACGUGUUGCGUUCCAUGAUGUUUGUUUCUCUUAUGAUCCUCGGAAACCAACAGUCCAGGACUUGUCGCUGUCAGUUGAGCCUGGACAAACUGUUGCAUUGGUUGGAGAGACAGGCGCUGGCAAGUCUUCCAUCAUGAAGCUUCUCCUUCGUUUCUACGAUAUUGAUGAGGGAUCUAUAACCAUUGAUGGUUAUGAUAUCCGGGAUAUCACUCUCAGCUCACUGAGAAAUGCUCUCGGCGUAGUACCUCAAGAUCCACUUCUCUUCAACGCAUCGAUCCUUGAGAACAUGCGCUACGCCCGACCUUCUGCGACAGACGAGGAGAUCUACGCUGCUUGUCGCUCUGCAGCUAUCCACGACAAAAUUCUCAGCUUCGUCGAUGGAUAUAACACGAAGGUUGGAGAGCAGGGGGUCAAGCUAUCAGGAGGGGAGAUUCAGAGACUAGCAAUCGCUCGAGUGUUCCUCAAGAAUCCACCAAUCUUGAUUCUCGAUGAGGCAACGAGUGCAGUUGACACGAAUACGGAGUCAAGUAUUCAGGGUGCUUUGGAUGAGUUGAAACGUGCGAGGUCGACAUUCGUUAUUGCGCAUCGAAUAUCUACUAUUGUCAGCGCGGACAAGAUCUUGGUUAUCCACAAUGGACAGGUUGUUGAGUCAGGAACACACGCGGAAUUGAUCUCAAUAGACGGAAGGUACAAGGAGUUAUGGAACAAACAGGUUGGAAACAAAUAGGAGCAUAACA